AUGUCACACAGGCAAGACUACCGCCGAGGCCGCGACCGCUCGUCAAGCCCAUACGACGACCAUAGGCACAGUUCCUCACGAAGAGACGAGCGUGAUGACGGUCGUGAGGCUCGCCGUAAGCGAAGCAGAUCUCGUAGCGUGGACCGACCGCGCAAGAGGAGAUCAGUAACACCGCCAGAUCACUCUGAUCGACGUAGGUCGCAUACGCCAGAUUCUGACCACAGGUCCAAACGAAGACGAUCGCGAAGCCCUAGAAACUCACGUCGUGAUGGAGAUGCUCUGCCGUACAGAAGAGAGCGAGGGUCACAGCAGGAUUACGGGACUUCCAACCAUCGUCCACGACGAAACAAACAUUCGCGAAGUCCGCCUCGCAAUGGACACAAUGGACAUGAGGACCGUCAGGUAGACGGGCCUGUCCGCUCGAAAGCGCCGCUGCCAUCACAAAACGAUGCCUUUACUGGCACGGACUCGGACUACUACAAGGACAAGGAUGGAAAUUUGCAAAAGAAGGAGAAGCCAAAUUGGGCGCCUACCGGUCGCCUCGCCGCGGCAGCAAACACUAUACAAACCGCGAACCAGCGUAUCAUCCUUAAGUACCACGAGCCGGUCGAGGCGCGGAAACCUCCAGCCUCACAGCAAUGGCGCAUGUACGUGUUCAAGGACUCAGAGAUACUGGAGACGAUCGAGUUGUACACGCAGUCGUGCUGGCUGUUCGGGCGGGAGUCAGCUGUAGUAGAUGUGCUGUUGGAGCAUUCGAGUUGCAGUAAGCAGCAUGCUGUGUUACAGUUCCGGUAUAGAGAAGAGAGGGGCGAGUUUGGGGACAAGAAGGGGAGAGUGAAGCUAUAUGUACUGGAUUUAGAGAGUGCCAAUGGGACUACUGUUGAUGGCCAAGAUGUCGGUAAGGCGAGAUACUAUGAAGUCAAGGACGGCGAGAUGCUCAAAUUUGGACACAGUGAGCGGGAAUAUGUGGUGCAACUGCCGCCAAGAGAGGAGCGGAAGGAGGAAGCUGGGACUGCGCAGUAG